GAUCACAAGAAAAUCACCUAGUUGAAUCAGAUCCAAUAAAAAUUCUACAAGAUGGCUGUGGGCUCUGCAAACAGUGGCGCAAGCACUUCAUUACCGCUUGAGUUCCAUGAAAUAUCCAAUGUAACAACAAAGGUACACAAAUUCAAGUUGGCUGGGAAAAAGAAUGCCGCCAGACGGUAUAAACCAACCAAGCAAGUCAUUAGUGACGAAGUUAAAUACCUUCUGGCUAAGGAAAAUAUCAAGUUCGACACCCCUACAUACACAUCAUUGACUGCACCUCCAACAUUGGUGCCACAGAAACAUUAUUGUGAUAUUACUGGGUUGCCGGGGACAUAUAAGAAUCCAUCUAAUGGACUUCGAUACUAUAAUGUAGAGAUUUAUAGGGAUGUUAUUCGGAAUAUGCCUUCUGGGGUAGAUCAGGAGUAUUUAGGAUUGAGAGGAGCCAAUGUGAUAUUGAAAUAAUAGUAAUGAGUUAAAGAGUUAGAAUAAAAAUGCAUGUGCUAAUA